CCAGUCUCCGGUGCCUGGUGUCCCAAAAGCCCUCUACAUGGAGCAAACACCUGUCUUUCCAGACAAUGAGCCGGAGGUGUCGGUCCCCUCUGCACAUGCCAUGGUCCAACGCUGCAGACGCAUUUGGGCAGCAGCUCGUCAGGUGCUGAUCCGACAAGGAGAUCGGAUGAAGAAGGCAGCGGAUCGCAAGAGGAAACCCGCUCCUGCAUAUCGGCCAGGGCAGAGAGUAUGGCUCUCAGCCAAGGACAUGCGGCUCAAAGUUCCUUCCAAGAAGUUGGCACCACGGUUCGUAGGUCCGUACUCCAUCACCAGAGUCAUCGGACCCUCAGCAGUACGACUCCGUCUGCCUCGGUCCCUGCGUGUACACCCAACCUUCCACGUCAGUAAAGUGAAGCCAGUCAAAGAAAGCCCGCUGGUUCCGGCCACCACGUCCCCUCCACCACCCGAGAUGAUAGAAGGCGGCCCUGUCUACAAGGUGAAGAAGUUAUUGGCAGUUCGUAGCCGGGGCCGGGGCAGACAGUACCUAGUGGACUGGGAAGGUUACGGACCGGAGGAGAGACAGUGGGUGCCUUCUCGGCAUAUCAUGGACUCCACCCUCAUUGAGGACUUUCAUAGAGACCAUCCUGGACAAUCUGGGCCGUCAGGAGUCGGCCCUAGAGGGAGGGGUACUGUCACACCGCGGUCACUUGCCCUUCCUUUUUGUGUCAUCAGUCUGACGUCAUCCCUGUUCCCUGAUUGUUUCCACCUGUUCCCUAUUACCCUCAUGUGUCUUAUAAGCCCAUUCCUCCGUUUGUUCUGUGCCAGAUUGUUUCGUUCAUUCGUACUUUCCAGCGUCUACGUCCAUGUCCAUGCCUUGCCUUGUAUCCAGUCUAUGUUCCAUGUUCUUGAAUCCCUUCGUGGCUAUUUUGAGUUUUCCUUUUUCCUCCUCAGCAGAGUGAUUUUUUGUUAUUGACUUUAUUCAGCCGAAGUGGUAAGUUAUUAGUUAAAUUCCUCAAUUUUUGAGUGACUAUUUUUGUUAAACUUUAUUAAAUAAGAUAGUGUAGAAUUGUUCAGAGCUGUUGUUUAUUCCUCCCGUUGGUGUCACGGCCGGGGCGCAUUGGAAUGCGCCCUCAACCUUGCGCGCUGCAAGCACCGCAGGACACGCCCCCAC